AUGCUGAACGCGGCUUACUGGGGGUUGCCCGAAGCGUCAACUGACGUGAACGCCCUUAAAGAAUUCGAAUUGAAGCACAAAAUAUACAGUUUGCAGGUUGGAAUAACAACAAAUGACCUGGAGAUCAAAGUAAUUCUCAGGGCGCUCAUAGAGCCCAUCACCAUCUUCGGAGAAGGAAAAUACGAGCGAAGGGAACGGCUCAAAAAGGUGUUGCUCUACAAGUACGACAGGCUAUUCCAUGAUAAGGAUGUAGCGACUGCAAUCGCUGCCUCAAGUGAGGCCAAGAACCUUUACGACGUCAUUAAGGCUUUCAACAUCGACCUAUCGAACGUCUUCUCCAAGAAGGCGGCUUUCUCGGACAUCACGCAACAAGACCAAACUCAGGAUGCGGCUGACAAGGAACUGUUUUACACUGAAGGUGACGAGCGGAUUAAGCAAUUCCGGAGCGACCUUGCCCACCAAACGUGGACUAGGACACGAAGACGCAAGGAACUGAUCCACGAAUAUCGGAACAGUACGGAUCAGUUCGAACAUAAGGACGAUGUUGAGAGGUAUGGGAGCUACCUAACAGAUUCAGUUUCGCUUUCAUACUCGCACGUCGCCGCCGAAAGGCCGCUAACGGCAGCGAAAUUCGCGCCAAACAUGAAGUACAUCGCAGUUGGCAGUUUUUGCAGCCACAUCAACGUCUACUAUUACAAACCUGACGAUAACUUCCCGCUUGCAAGGAAGUUGGACAAUGGGUCAAAGGAAAUGAUCCAUUGUCUGGAUUGGCAGUGUAACACCAACGCCAUAUAUGACAAGAAGUCGGCAAUAGAUACUAUGCAAGAUCAUCAGUUGUUACUGGCAACAGGCGGAUCAGGCGGCAGUGUGUCCAUAUGGCGGCCAUUUCCUGAAGCGGAAACCGAAGAUAAUCCAGACAACUUUUGCGUACACAAGGCAAAUUUGCAUGAGGAUAGGGUCAAUCGCAUUCGUUUCCACCCUUUUAAACAAGUUAUACUAAGCUCCUCAACCGAUGAAACGGUCAGACUAUUCGACCUGCAGAAUAUGCAAGAGUUAUACGUCCAGGAGGGGCACAGUCACGGCGUUCAUGGCCUGGCGCUCAACGGUGAUGGCAACCUUGUUGCUUCCGGGGACAUGCAUGGAGUUGUAAUCAUUAUGGACCUAAGGACUGGCAAGCACAUAUUCCAGCAACCUGUGCACAACGGCAAGGUCACUGCCAUUGACUUCCACCCCAUCAACAACCACAUACUCGCAACUGCAGCAGACGACAAUGCCGUAAAACUCUUCGACUUAAGGAAGAUGCGUCCGGGCAGCUCGCUCCUCGCACAUACCAAGCUCGUCAGUGAUAUGGAGUUCGAACCAACCUACGGACGAUACCUCGCCACCAGCUCUUUCGAUACCCACCUUAAGGUAUGGGACACCGAGGAUUACAAAUGCAGAAAAGUGCUCUCGAACAACGAUGCGAGAGUCAUGAGCCUAAAUGUUGCUCCUGAUUCUUCGGCAAUAAUCACAGCGUGUUACGACCGCACGCUGCGCAUAUUCAAGCCAAACGACGCGCCGGACACCUCCGUAAACACGGGAUUAUCCCGUCUCAUACAACAGUAG